UUAUGACGUAUGUGAUGUGGGCGUGGUUGUAAUCAUUCAAACAUGGCGACUCCCGUGUCGGUGGUGGAUGAGAUAGAAGAUUACUCCUUUUUGCCUCUUAUACACGAUAUUAUCAAAUGCAUGGAUAAAGAUAACCAGGAUGUGCACCAGGAGUUAAACAAGUUGAGGACGCGGAUCCAGGACACGCGGGAGCAGAUCUUGGCCAUGCCCGGCAUCGACCUGAGCUCUGAGGUGCAGCAGCACAAACUCCGCACACUGAGAGAGCAAGUCCGCACCAAGAACCAGCUCUUACAGAAAUACAAGGGCUUGUGCAUGUUUGACAUCCCCAAACCCUCCUGAUGCCCAUUAAACAUUAAAGAACUUCUGGAGUAUUGUUUGAACACACAAAGGAGACAUGUUGUGGAUCCUGCUCUGACCUGCUGCUCCACAUGAGGACACUUUCUCUUUCACAUAAAUUAAUAUAUCCCAUAUCAACCCGUGCUUUUCUUGUUGUUGCGUUUGCAUAUAUGAUAAACAAUGCCUGUUUACAUACUCA